UCUCAGGGGGAAGGGGAGACUCGUUUCUCUACCUUAACAACAGUCGUGAGAUACGACUGGUGCGGGUCUUUCUUUUUGUAUUCUUUUGAACACUCAUCAAAUCAGACGAGCUGACGACCGGUGGCUUCGUGUUGCGAUCAAGUGUCAGGACGGUGUAUAGUUAAGAUAGGUCCCUACUCUCGAAACUGAGACUGAUAUAUUUACGUGUCUUCGCUAACGUCUAUUGUGCUCUUUAAAAAGUGAAGAAAACCAGAUUCACAUCUAUAUACAAAACAAUAAAGUGUUGGUGUUUCACAGCAGCGAUGGACCUGUUCUGUAAGAAACGGACCUUCUCGGACACACCCCAACGCCAUGGGGCAGUGAAGCGCCACGCCUCAGGGGAGGAGCUGGCCAGGAGACGGGAUGAGGGCGGCCAGAAGGUUAAGGGGGAACCCAAACCAGGCCUACCCUCCUUCAGGGCCAAGAAGCCUGCAGACAUGACCACGGAGCUCCCUGGAGGGAUCUGUGCUGCCCUGGUGUCCGUCGCUGCUGACCGGGACUGGUCCGAGACCCGUCUCUGUCAGUCUCAAGCCUCUCUCUCACACCAGCGGGACUCUGCUGAAGGUUUGAGUCCUGACCAGGACUCUGGAUUGACCCCACCCGAUGCCUGGGAUAAGACGUUCCUUUCUAUGGAACUGGAGCUGCUUGAGGAGCGGAUCAGGAAGGAGUUUAAGUACAUCAAUGCACAGCCCCUGUAUCAGGAUUACUGGCUGACCUACAUGGAGUCUCAGAGCAGUGUGUGCUGGCUGGGCGCCUCUCUGUCUGGCCUGCUCUCCCCCAGUCAGACCCGCAAGGACUCGAGCUUCUCCUGUUGGCAGGACCUGCCGGAGGUGCAGAGCCGUGGCCUGCUGACCCAGCUCUCCCUGCAGCAGAGACGGCUACAGGAGGCUAUGUUUGAAGUGAUCACCUCAGAGGCCUCCUACCUCAAGAGCUUAACGGUGGUGGUCAGUAACUUCCUGGGCUCGCGGGAGCUGGCUAUGACCCUGCACUCCAUGGAGAGACACACCCUCUUCUCCAACCUGCUGGAAGUGCGGGAUGUCAGUGAGAGCUUCCUGCUGGACCUGGAGCAGCGCCUGGAGGAGAGCUUGCUCAUGACAGACCUCAGCGAUCUGGUCCUGAAGCACAGCGAGGCCUUCAAGAGGGUCUACAUCCCCUACGUCACCAACCAGAUGUACCAGGAGGCCCUGGCCCAGCGUCUGCUGCGGGAGAACAUCAAGUUUGUGACGGUAGUGAGGAGGCUGGAGGAGCUGCCUGUGUGUCAGAGGCAGCCACUCAAGUCCUUCCUGGUGCUGCCCUUCCAGAGAAUCACUCGGCUCAAGAUCGUCCUGGAGAACAUCCUGAAGUUGUCUGAUCCUGAGUCACUGGUAAUCCCAUCACUCAAGCAGGCUAUCAGGGCUGUGGGUGAGAUUGUGUCGGAGUGCAAUGACAACGUCAGAAGGAUGAAGCAGACGGAGGAGCUGGUGCUCCUUGAACAGCAAACAGUGUUUCGCAAAGUCAAGUCCAUCCCAUUGAUCACUAGAGGGCGCUGUCUGGUGCGUCAGGGGGAGCUGCUCCAGGUCAUCGUGGAGGAAGCCAGUGGGGGCUCCAGAAUCAAAAUCGCCAUGAAACCGGUGCAGCUCCAUCUCUUCAACGACCUGCUGCUGAUAUCCGGGAAAAAGGAGGAGGGGCGGUUCAGUGUCCUGGACUACGCCCAGACUAGCAAUGUGAAGGCGGAGAGGCUGACAGCGAAAUCCCUGGGACUGCCCAGUGAAACCUUUCUUCUGCACCUCACUGAAAACCACGCAGGCUCGGCCAGCGCUCUCAUCCUGCAGGCUCACAGCAAAAGCAGAGCAGUAAUUCAGAACACCGCUAUCCUUGAGAGCAAUCGCAUCGUUACCGCUGAGAACCCUUCCUUCUCAACACAUUGCCCGCUCUCUUUGAGCCCACACCCAAUUCUGGACAGAUACCUGGAACUGGGCAUACACCUUCAUGGACUCUUCAUACAAUAAUCAAUGCUUUUUUUUUUUUUUGCAGAAUACUGUGUGUACAUAGCACGUUUUUAUAUGUUAAAUAAAAACAUUAAUAAAUUAACUUUUUAAUAAAAUUUAA